AUGCCGCCCAAGAGUGUAUCUGCCAGUGCUGAAGUCGCACGACUAAUUUCAAAACGAGAAAUGUAUUUUUCCAUUAUACAGAAGACGUAUGACAUGAGCAGAGAUGUGGAAGAUGCGUCAAGCAAGCAACAAUUCUGUAUUAAAACUAGUCCGUUACGUGUCAUUAUUGAUACCGCAAGCGAUCGCACCUAUGUGACUGAGUCAUUCUGUAAAUCCGCUCAACUAGAGAUAACACCGAUCGAGGCUCACGGCCAUGUAAAUGAUUCCGCAGCCAAUGAAGGGUAUUAUAUUCCACAUUUCGCCGUGAUUAAAGACAGCUCCUCCACACCGUUACGGAUUGUAUUUGAUGCAUCAGCAAAGAAUGCUGAAUUUCCUUCCCUAAAUGCCAACCUAUUUUCCGGGCCAAAGCUACAGUCUAACAUUAUCACAAUUCUUCUUAACUUUCGUUUUGGCGAAAUUGCGUUAACCGCCAAUAUUAAACAAAUGUACAGAAAUAUAUUAAUUUGUAAUCAAGAUAGACGAUUUCAAAGGAUACUUUGGAAAUUUUCUCCGAAAGAUCCCCUCGGCAUUUAUGAAUUAAACACUGUCACGUUUGGUAUUACGUCAUCUCCUUUUCAUGCGUUACGCACUAUUAAACAACUAGCUAAAGAUGAGAGCAAAAAUUACCCCUUAGCCACUGAUAUAAUUCAAAAUGAUAUUUAUAUCGACGACGUGGUUACUAGUGCAAACACCAUCGAAAUCGCAAAACAACUUUACGUUCAAUUGUCGAGUUUGUUCCGUUCCGCGCGUUUUGAACUAGCGAAGCGGGCUUCGAAUGAUCGUCUAAUGUAUAAACAAUUUGAAUCACACCAUAAAACACAAAUUAAUUUUUCACAAACAAUCUCUGAAUUUGAUACUUCCGUUAAAGUAUUGGGAUUGAGAUGGGAUCCAAUUCAAGAUUGUUGUAAAUUUAAUAUCAACCUUCUCCAUCAAAAUUGGACAAAACGCCAUAUAUUAUCCACCAUUGCUCGUAUUUGGGAUCCUUUAGGUUUCAUUACGCCUGUUACCAUCAAAUUCAAAAUGAUCAUGAAAGAACUAUGGUUAUUAAAAUUGGAUUGGGAUGAUUCCUCAUUAGUUGCAACAUGGCUUAGUAUUUAUAAUCAACUUCCAGAAUUAAUUAAUCUUUCCAUUUCUCGAUUUGUAGGUACCAAAAAUUAUAUUCGUUGUUCUCUUUACGGUUUUGCGGAUAGUUCAGAAAAGGCUUAUGGGGCUGUGAUUUAUAUCAAGCCUUGCCAUGAUAAUAAAUAUUACCUUCUUAUUUCAAAAUCAAAAAUUACUCCAAUUAAAGUUCAAACUUUAGCUAGGUUAGAGUUGUGUGCGGCGCAUUUAUUGGCAAAAUUAUUAUCCUUUGUCAUAUCUUCCAAUCAUCAUUCUUUAUGUAUCGAAGAAAUAUAUGGUUUUACGGACUCGAUGAUUGUGCUUCAUUGGUUAACAGGACCAGCUCAUAGAUGGAAAACUUUUGUCGCAAAUAGAGUAACGAAAGUUCAUGAUUUACUUCCUUCUGCCAAGUGGUAUCAUAUUCCUUCCGAGACAAAUAUUGCCGAUUGUGUUUCUCGUGGUUCAUUACCAAAUACAUUGCUUAAUAAUAGUAAUUGUAUUGUACGCCAACGUAUUCAUAAAUGCAAUAAGUGCUUUAAGAGUCAUCCUAAAUCCUUCACUCCUAUUAUGGCUGAUUUACCUUCUCCUCGGGUUAUGGAGGCAAAACCUUUUCAGCACACCGGUACUGACUAUGCUGGUCCCUCUUGCGUAACCAUGGGAAAAUUUAGGGGCGUAAAAAGUUCAAAAGCAUAA